UUAAGUUGCUCAACAUGAUUUUCGUUAAUUUAUAAAAUAUUUUACACUUUUUUUUUAUUUCUAAAAUAAAUGAAACGAUUUACAACAGCAUCACAAAAAUUCCUGUUUAAAUCCACUUUCGAUUUUCAUAAAAGGUUGUUGACGAGAUUUCUCUAAAUGCAUUUUCAUCACUUACAUAAACUGCAUGAGCACCUUUUGCAUACUAAACUUUCAUUGAUUUUCAUUCAUUCUUGAAUUCUAUUGGUUAAAUUGAUCAUAAUUUUCUUGAUAAUUUAUGGAUUAGCCAAAACUAGUUUUACUCCACGAGCACACUUGCGCCUUUCUUUGCAUUGAGCUUUCCAUUACAAAAUUUACAAAUUAUUUAGAAAAAACAAACCUAAUUGAACUUGACUACAAUUUGUUUGCUGUUAAUUUCACUUUUUAACGUCACCAGAAAAUGGCAGUUGCAUUAUGAUUCACACAGUUAGUGAUUAGUCAAUUUUGGUAUGCACUGUACGCUACUGGUCUUUCACGUGGAAUUAUUUGCAUAAUCUAGUAAUUCAUUUGAAAACUGCAUUUAUCAUGCAGUCGGAAAGUAACUCCGUAAUAUUAUUAAUUUUAUCGUGCGUAGCUUUGUCCAGUGAGUCAACAAAUUUUAGAAAUUCGCGAGCCGUGCAGGAAAUAUUUUUAUCCGAUCCGUUGGAUUGCUUAUCUCAAUUGAUUUGUGGGCUCAAUACAUUCCCACCUCACGUGCCCUCCCCGAGGACAUCCUCAGCAAAUGACUAUGCUUAUCUCUUACAACAUGUCAUUUUGCGAUUAAAGAAACAAAGACCCGACCCCACUCAACCACCCACUCCGCCAUCAACCAGCACAACCAGCACAACCACACCCGCUCCAUUGGACGAAGAAGAAGACGACGAAGGAUCGGAAGAAUCAGAGGAAAAUACAACGGCAGAGAAACAUAGGAAAAAAUUGUUAAAACACAGCAAAGACCAAUACGGAGAUUUAGUAGAGCUGAAAAAGGUGUACCCUCCGUUGGGAAUAUUUAAUUUCGUCAGAGAAGCGAGGAAAAUAACAUCAAAAAAAGUCUCACAAAAAAAGACCAAGAAAAACCCCAAAACCAAAACCACACCCCGUCCACGCAGUCAAUUAGAAGAAUUAAAAGAUGAGCAAGACAUAAAAACCAAACUCCGCAGCGACGCCCAAUGCAUGUACGGAAUUUUAGACCACACGUGUCCAUUUAAAUACAGUGAAUUGCUAAUUUUGAUGUCCGGCGUGUUGGAAAGACAGAAAGUGAUGUCUUACACGUCGAAUCGGAUUUUACCCAUGGUUGGAUAUUUAUUAAAAUCACGCAGUUUAACACAAACCAUGAAAUCUACAUUUUUUGCAUUGGAAAGAAUUAACAACAUAACUCUCACUAAAAACCACAAUAAUCUUCCAUUCGAAUUUAAAUAUAUUUAUGAUGAAAUCGUUCGUGGCGAAUUUGGAGGAAAUGGUUUACAUCUCGUGGAAACUAAAAUUGACGCUCCAGCGAGUUCUCAUAUUUACGAAGAUGACGAGUUUGAUUAUGCUCUUAAUAAUCCGGUUAUUUCGAGAAACAAGAUUUUUAACACGAUUAAAAAGGUGGAAGAUUCGGGAGAAAAAGAGCAAGAACUUUUUGAUAAUAAAGAAAAUAAAGAUGAAGAAUACGAUGAAAAUGAAUCUGACAACAGUGGAGGGGAAUCGACCGAGAUUAAGGAUAUUCCACUGCCUCCAGUUUACGGUUCUUCGGGCAGAAAGUCCUCGUUGAAUAGGCGGAGGAGGUAUUGAUAUUUAUUGAAUAAAAGUAUUGAGAAAAUGUGGAAAUUGUGUUUUAUUAAUCAUUCAUUCAGUGGGUUAAUCUGUUAUCAAUAAUUUCUACGUUCUAAUAAACAGCACCAUCGUCGCAUAGAGUGGAGAAAGUGGUAGCAUGAGGAGAAAGCAUGGUCUCCAUGGAGAUUCAGCACAACAAACAUUUCCCAUCAUUCACACCAUCAAAGAACUCUCCUCCUCCUCCCCCAUCAAACUCACUCACUCUGCUGACGUGUUGAUCCUCACAUCAAUAUUUAUAUUCCCCCCUCUUGUCAUCGUCAAUAACAAUCACUGCCUAAAGCAGAAAUAACAUAAAAAUGUCGUACAGGGAUUUGCGGAAUUUGUGUGAAAUCCUCCGCGCAGUUGGAUAUCCAAGAUUGGUGUCGGUGGAAAACUUUAGAAAUCCAAAUUUCCCAUUGGUGGCGGACAUUAGUCGAUGGCUGGUGCUGCAGUACGAACCAAAAGCGGACAUCCCCUCCUCCUGCGACACAGAGCUGGAUCGUGUCACCUUAAUUCGGGCCUUUGCAGAAUUUAUGCUAAUUAAUGUCCAAGUAAAGCUAAAUACGAAACGGCUCUACCAAUCGGAUGGAUACGCCGUGAAGGAAAUACUAAAAGUGGCCUCAGUUUUGUACAAUGCAGUUCGAGACGCGGAAGUAAAUUCAAAAUAUCCUACAAAAAUCCCAAGCGAAACGGAAAAUGCUCCAAGAAUUGACAUCAAAGAUCUCAAGGAAACUCGCUCCCUCACGAGUCACCUCGUUCAAAAGGGCGUCGGCUUAUACGACAUGCUAAGCAAAGAAGUAAGUCUGAGAGAGGCCCGUCAACAGGCUUUGUCAAAGGCGCACGAACACGGGGACGUGGAACGACUGAUAAAAUCAGCAAUAGAAACCGGUGGCGGAGAAGCCAAGAAACUGACCUCAAUAAUUGAAACCGUUCAAAAUAACUGUGCUGCAAUUGAUGGUAAAAUUGAAAAGAAAAGAAUGGAACUGGAUCGAAGUCAGAAACGGUUGUUAACACUCAAAAAAGUCCGACCCGCAUUUAUGGACGAAUACGAAGAGUUGCAGCAGGAUCUCGGCCUCGCCUACGCCGCCUACGUCAAUCGGUUCCGAAGCCUCGCCUACCUCCAGAACCAAAUCCAGGACAAGGAUCGGCUCGAACAGGAGCGGAAAAUUGAGGAAAGAUUGAUCAAGACUGAACAGACUCGUGCCGGUGGCGAUGAUUUGCUUUCGUAUGGAAAUGGAAAGGGUGGAGCGUUUUUAAUUUCAUCCGGAGAUGAAGAUUCCAGCGAUGAAAUGAGCAUCGGAGCGAAUAAGACUGCCAUUAUUCCUAAUAAUACGGGAAAUAGUAGUAGCAGGAGUGGUGCUAGUAAUUUAAAACCAAGGUUGAUCGGUAAUAGCGAUGCUGGGGAUCUGAUGAAGAAUGGGCAGAGACGCGUUUAUGGGAGCAUGAUGGGGGCGGCUGAUCAGGAUUCGGAUGAUGGGUCGGAUAUGAUUUUAGUCGAUGGGGAUAAUUCAGAAUUAGCUUCGGAGGACGAGGAUGAGGAAGAAUUGAUCAAUAUUCAAAAAAAUCAAUUGGUCGGGGGUAAAGGUAUGACUGCAAAACAUGGGAAAUCAGAUUUGAAGAAUUACAAUGGAGUUAAUAAUAACAAUAAUGAAUCCAUGUCGAAUGGGGCGGCGAAUGGAGGGAAAGGAUAUCCCAUCGACAAUGGUGGUGGUAGAAGUCGGUCUACAAUUAAACGACCAACAACUGGGGGUCGUAAGCCUCCACCCACAUCCGACGAUGACGAUGAUGACGACUUCUGAUGCAAAAUAUUAAAUUACGACCAACUUAUUAAGGAUCCAAAACAAGUCAAAAUUUAUAAACAUCAAUUUCAGUGAUUUUUUUUGAAUACUUGAAAAUGAGUAGUCAAUUAAAUAACUAUUAUUUUAAUUUUAAUAAAAAAAUCGGGGAAUAUUUCUCAAUUAUAA